CCAUGGAGCGCCCGGUGGAGUCCGCCCGCGUCGCGUGCCCGAACGCGGCCUACGGCUGCGCGGCCAGACCGGCCUACUACGAGCAGCAAGCCCACCGACAGCUGUGCCUGCACACGCCCUGCCGGUGCCCCGGCGACACCUGCAGCUUCAUCGGCCCGACAGAGGCGCUCCUGGAUCACUUCGCCGGCGUCCACGGCUGGCCGUGCUCCACCAAGGUCAGGACCGGCGAGAUGUCCAGCGUCCGCCUCAAGAACGGCGGAUCAACUUCGUCCGCCUCGAUAGCGAUCAGGGCGGCGCCACCACCUGGGUCGACAAGCGGUGCCUGUUCCUGCUGGAUGUGGUGCGCCAGUUGCUGA